GUUUACACGUUUGCCGCGCUUACACUGCUUGCCGCGCUCUGAGUGCCAAAGCGCAAGCGCUCGUCCUGUGAACCAUUCAAUUGUCCCUCAAAAGAACGAUCCGAGCGAUGGCGGAGCCGAAGCUGUCGAUCAAACAGAUGAAGGAAUCGAUACGGGAGGCGGGCUUCCCCACCGCGGACCUGCUUGAGCGGGCCGACAUCGACGCGCGCUACGCCGAAGCCGUGGCGCGCCUGGCCGAAGCCGAGCAGCUCAAGACCGGAGAAAGGCUCGCCAAGCGCCCGCGCACCGAGCCCGCCGAGCGCGACUGGCGCGCGACGCUCUUCGUGUGGCGCGGCGAGGUCGAGGCCGACCCGAGCAUUCAAGUGAAGCACGCCGACUGCGGCGCUCCCACUCCGUCGAUCACGUGGCAGGGCGCCUGGCUCGGCACCGAUGACGGGACGAUGCCGACGGAAGCGGCCUUGCAAGCGAGCCCCAAUACGUUCAAGCUCAAGGUCAGCAAGUUCGACGAGGAGAAGAUACGCGAAGGGAGUUCCUGGGUCGGGGAGCCUCGCAGGAACAAAAACGAUUACUUAGGGACUGCUGAGCUUAUGGACUAUAUCAUGAUGACUUCCUUUGGAACCGACCCGGACGAGGACGACGAAGAUUGGGGCAAGCCGGACCGUCUGGGUGAGAUGAAGUUCGACAAAGGCUCGUACAAGCUCGACACCGGCAACGGCCUCGAGGACGUCAAGGACGUCGAGCACCGCUGGGAGGUGCGCAUGCCCGCCGUGGCCGCCGUGGGCACGACGCCCUUCGGGCGCUUCGUCAGCCUCGGCGUCAUCGAAAGCGGCGGUAUGGGGCACAUGACCUUGGCGCGCCGCUACAUCGCCGACGACGACCCGCGCGCGGCCUGGGCGUCGCCCGCGGCAGUGCUCGAUGCCUUGCUCGGCGAGGGACCGCUCGCCCUCGCGGACAUCCCGGCCAAGCUCCCGUGGAAAGUGGACGCGUGAGCUCGGCCGGACCCCCAAGCCAUAAG